UAGAUACGGACUCUUUGGAGUUCGAGGCUACGCAGUUGCCGUCAUGCCCCAAAAAGUUAGACUUGAGCAAGGCGGGCCUAUCAAGGGUCCCCGACAGCGCGAUUGCUUUUCCAGCGAUAGAGGAGCUCGCGUUAGGAUGCAACCAGCUCACUAACGUUGAUAACAAUCUGAAACUUCUGCACAGGUUCCCCAAACUUCAUACCGUCCAUCUCGAGAGCAACAAUCUCCACAGAAUCCCGAGGGAACUGCUGGAGUUGCCGGCAUUGACCUAUCUUAAUCUCUCGGACAACAAGAUCGAGAUAAUUCCGGCUGACAUUUGCCAGUUGGUCAAUUUGAAAGAGCUGAUCCUUGACCGUAAUGGCAUCAAAGAUCUACCAGACGAAGUGACACGGCUGAGAAACUUGAGGAAUAUUUCCCUAGUCGGAAAUUUGCUCAACACCGUACCAUCCUUUUUCAUCAUGCGAGCUCUCGCACUGACAGAAGUUCUCUCAAAGGCAGAUCAUGGAAAAUCUUACAAGGAUGAAAAAACCAAUCAUAGUAAUUUACACAAGAUCAAUUUACGAAACAAUCAACUAAAAGGAAACAUAAUUUUAGGAAAUUACGGCAAUUUGACACAUCUGGAUGUAAGUGAAAAUAGCAUUGAAAAAUUGGAUAUCAGUGCUCUCCAAGAAUUAAGAAGUGUACGCUGCGGUCGAAAUCAUUUGACAGAAUUAACUCUUUGUGGCCGAAAUCUUGUUUCAUUAAUUGCCGGGAACAAUAAAUUGAAAAAAUUAACUGUUGAACCUGUGCCAAUUAAUUUGGAGCAUUUAGAUGUUUCCUAUAACAAUUUAGAUGCAUUGCCGGAAUGGACGACUGAAUUGCCAGCAUUGCGAGUUCUUUUCGCAUCACACAAUACUCUCACAGCUCUUCCAGACAGAUUGUUGUCUCAACCCUCGAGACUAGAAGUUCUCCAUCUUCCUCACAACCGAUUACAAGCCCUACCACCGCCCAGGAGACCAUUGAAUAUCGUCCAUUUAACUCUUCAAGGCAACAUGUUGACCACAUUGCCAACCAGUUUUUUCGCGAACACCGAAAAAAUGAAAGUUUUAAACCUCUCUAACAAUCGGCUUUCUGAACUUCCGUAUCGAGAAGAGAUCGGCAAAACUCACCAGGGAUCGCACACUUUGGAGAAAUUAUAUGUCACGGCAAAUUGUCUGACCGAUACCGCCCUAGAUGCUCUCGCAAAGUUCACAUCUUUGAGAAUUCUUCAUAUCGCUUACAACACCCUGGAUACCCUUCCGGAAAGUUGCAUAGCCGCAUGGGGUGACCUGGAGGAAUUAGUGCUGUCUGGAAACCGAUUGCAAUAUCUUCCAGACAACGUGGCCAAUCUGCGACACUUGCGCGUGCUGCGUGUGCAUUCUAAUCGCCUCUUAACGUGUCCCACAUUUAAUAGAACGGCAUCCUUGAAAGUGCUGGACCUGGCGCAUAAUCAAUUGGACAGGGUAAAUCUGGCCACAUUAGUACCACCGCAAUUGCAGUUUCUCGAUAUAUCCUGCAAUACACGACUGCACGUGGACCCGCGACAGUUCCAGGAUUACAGGUCCCAAAGGCCGAUCUCUUUAGUGGAUGUGUCUGGACAGAAUAGGCCCAGUUUGCCAUCUCAUCCGCUUCAACAGGAAAUUGUCACGGCGGAAAAGAACACCGAACAACCAUGGCGGCUGGGUUUCUCGGAAACUGCCGGUUCGCGAGAAAAGUUAUACAUUUCCCAAAUACGAAUGCCGUCCUUCUGCAACGUCGAGGGUCUGUUUGGCAUUUUCGACGGUGGUUCCAAUCAAGAGGCACCUAGCGCCCUUCAAGAAAUGAUCCCUCGUCUUUUGUUGGAGGAACGAACAAUCCGAGAGACAACAAAGGAAUAUCUGAAAUAUACCUUGCUGUCGGCGCACAGAGAGCUUAAGGAAAAGGGUCAGAAAUACGGCGUAGACGCGACUCUAGUUCAUGUAGUAAAAUUACCAUCACAGCAAGGAUAUCCAAAAUCCUCAACCAAAUAUUCCCUAAAAGUCGCUUCCACCGGGGACGCCAAAGCGGUCCUCUGUAGAGCCGCGGGUCCCUUGACUUUUGCCAUGUCUAAGAAAGCUCAAACGGUCAAGAACCAACUUGGUAACGCCGCCAUGUUUCCGCUGGUGGUACCCGAUCCAAUAUACGAAGAAGUAACGUUGGAGGACGAUGACGAGUUCGUCAUAGUUGCUAAUCGGAGAUUAUGGGAGGUUCUAAGCGUUCAGGAGGCCGUAAGGGAAGCUAGAGCCGAAGCUAGUCCUGUCCUUGCGGCCAAAAGACUUCAGGAUCUGGCACAGUCUUAUGGCGCGGAGGAUAAUCUGAGUAUCAUCAUUGUCCGUCUGGCCGGACCAAGUCCAGGUGACAUGGAUCAACUUAUGCGCGAACUCAGGCAUGCCGUUGGCAAGAACAGAAGCCAAAGCGAUAACGUAUGUCCUUGUCCUUGUUGCGUGCCGCCAGCGAGCCAUAAACCUCCAGCUGCCUGCUGUUGUCACGCGAGCGAAGGCUAUUAUCUUAAUGGCGUAUUGAAGAACAUCGUGAACAGAUCCAACAAGGUUCAUGGUGGUUCCGGAAGAUACUUCAAGAAUUCCAGAUCGACGCAGGAAAACGAAAGUCCUCCGUACAGAGACGACCGCAGUUCACCGAGUGGACAAUCCGAUCAAGCCAGUGACAGCACCUUUAAGUCUCGUCAUCCAUCCGGAAGGAUGUGGUCCGGAAGUGCGGCUGCCAGAGCGACGAAUAAAGCUCAUCAGAGUGUUCUCGUACAAGAAAACGGAAUGCGAAAAGUGCCUUGUGUGCCUACGCAAGAGGAUGCUAUCUCGGAAAGAUCCAGCGCUCUCAGCGAGGAGCAAUUCCGUUGCUGGGAGUACAUGCUCGAGCAGAACACUCAGCUGUUGUUCGAUAAAGAAUUGGACACGCUGACGAAGGCGCCGUUGCACCGCGGCCAAUCGAGGUCGACACCGCAACUAGGCGGAAAUCUGCCCUUUUUGUCAAAAAGAUUCGGCAGCGCCCGAUCCUUCAACCCUUCGUUAUCACGACCGCCGAUGGUCCGCUUCGGCAGUGGGCGAAGAUUAUUGAAUGGUGGACCAAAUGCCGCAUACUUCGGCAGCCUACAAAGGCUGAUGCCGUACAAUCUUGAGUAUGACUUUGCUGUUAUUCAGGAGAGAAACGGUAUGGACUCGUUGGAGCAGGACGCCACGAGGAUGCAGCAGUAUUGGGGUGUAGCCACCACGGAAUUGUAAAUAAGAAUCCAGUGUAAGAAUACGGAGGAAUAGGAUAGAAAUGCAGAGAAGCGAGGAAUCUUUCAUUCAAUGAACAAGACGAAUACGGAAGUUAAAAAAAAAAAAAAAAUACUCAUGUGAUAAUGUUGUGUAAUUCGAUAUCUACUCUGAAAAAGUUUCCCUUGUUUUACGAUGUUUCACAAAAAUUACAUAAUCGUUGUCGUAAAAAUUCAUUGCGUUAAGUUGCGUCAAGAGCUUUGUAACGCUAUAAAUUAAUUUGCACUUAUUUAUCAAUAGUCUAACAUAACCAAAGUGAUUUAUCUCCCGGAGCUCAAAUGGCGUGAAACGGUUACGCCUCUGUACUCUAAUUAUCACCGGAGUAAUUAAUGUAAUACAAUCCGCGACGGAGCGAAGAGUUAAUUGUCAACAAACGCCUACACAAUCGCAUUAGUAAUCAUCGAUCGCGCUGAUAACAAUGGCGCGGCCAAGAUAAGCUGUGUGAUUCUUCGAAUCUUACGACGUAAGACGACGGGAUUUGUACCGUCACUUCGAUAAUUCGCUCGUUUAUUGCAACUGAUUCGCGUGUAAUAAAGGGACCGCGGAAACCACUGUGCAGCCUUUACGCUACACAAAACUCGCCUUAUUUCUUUAUAACGGUAGACGUGCGGAAGAUCUAUAUCUUUAUUGCGGAACGCCUUUACCAGCAACUCCGUAGAGAAACUAAAUAACAGAGAAGAUCGAAGAAAAUCUGUUUGAAAUCUUGCAGAUCGAUAAUUAAUUUAGAUACUUUAAUGUU